GCUCCCAGGUGCCCAGCGCUGAAGGCAGCACAGACCUAUGGGGGAGCAAUCGGUGGCCCUUGUAAAAUAACCUUGUCACCCCCUGCAAGGAAGGGUUAACAGCCACCAGCAAGGGGGGGGCGGCUCUGGUGGAAGGAGCUGCAGCAUCACCCAGACACCCCCAGGCAGCUGGGCUGUUCUCUCCUCUCCUUCCCAGGGGGGAAUGGCUGCAUCCCAUUGAUCGACCCGUUUGGGAGUGAGAGCCAGGAGGUGCCCACGGCCCUGCAGCACCUCAUCUGCAUGCACCGGGCCUUCGUGGUCAUGCUGCCCCUCAGCCUCAUCCUGCUCGUGCUUGGCUGGAUGUGCGGCGUGGUCAGCUCCUUGGCACAGAACUGCCAGCUGCUGCUCCUCACCGGCUGCUACCUGCUGCUGGGAGGGGAGGGCCUGUGGGCGGACGUGGCGUACGGGGCCCGGCUCUCCCUGGGCCCUGCUGCUGGGAGGGGAGGGCCUGUGGGCGGACGUGGCGUACGGGGCCCGGCUCUCCCUGGGCCCUGCUGCUGGGAGGGGAGGGCCUGUGGGCGGACGUGGCGUACGGGGCCCGGCUCUCCCUGGGCCCUGCUGCUGGGAGGGGAGGGCCUGUGGGCGGACGUGGCGUACGGGGCCCGGCUCUCCCUGGGCCCUGCUGCUGGGAGGGGAGGGCCUGUGGGCGGACGUGGCGUACGGGGCCCGGCUCUCCCUGGGCCCUGCUGCUGGGAGGGGAGGGCCUGUGGGCGGACGUGGCGUACGGGGCCCGGCUCUCCCUGGGCCCUGCUGCUGGGAGGGGAGGGCCUGUGGGCGGACGUGGCGUACGGGGCCCGGCUCUCCCUGGGCCCUGCUGCUGGGAGGGGAGGGCCUGUGGGCGGACGUGGCGUACGGGGCCCGGCUCUCCCUGGGCCCUGCUGCUGGGAGGGGAGGGCCUGUGGGCGGACGUGGCGUACGGGGCCCGGCUCUCCCUGGGCCCUGCUGCUGGGAGGGGAGGGCCUGUGGGCGGACGUGGCGUACGGGGCCCGGCUCUCCCUGGGCCCUGCUGCUGGGAGGGGAGGGCCUGUGGGCGGACGUGGCGUACGGGGCCCGGCUCUCCCUGGGCCCUGCUGCUGGGAGGGGAGGGCCUGUGGGCGGACGUGGCGUACGGGGCCCGGCUCUCCCUGGGCCCUGCUGCUGGGAGGGGAGGGCCUGUGGGCGGACGUGGCGUACGGGGCCCGGCUCUCCCUGGGCCCUGCUGCUGGGAGGGGAGGGCCUGUGGGCGGACGUGGCGUACGGGGCCCGGCUCUCCCUGGGCCCUGCUGCUGGGAGGGGAGGGCCUGUGGGCGGACGUGGCGUACGGGGCCCGGCUCUCCCUGGGCCCUGCUGCUGGGAGGGGAGGGCCUGUGGGCGGACGUGGCGUACGGGGCCCGGCUCUCCCUGGGCCCUGCUGCUGGGAGGGGAGGGCCUGUGGGCGGACGUGGCGUACGGGGCCCGGCUCUCCCUGGGCCCUGCUGCUGGGAGGGGAGGGCCUGUGGGCGGACGUGGCGUACGGGGCCCGGCUCUCCCUGGGCCCUGCUGCUGGGAGGGGAGGGCCUGUGGGCGGACGUGGCGUACGGGGCCCGGCUCUCCCUGGGCCCUGCUGCUGGGAGGGGAGGGCCUGUGGGCGGACGUGGCGUACGGGGCCCGGCUCUCCCUGGGCCCUGCUGCUGGGAGGGGAGGGCCUGUGGGCGGACGUGGCGUACGGGGCCCGGCUCUCCCUGGGCCCUGCUGCUGGGAGGGGAGGGCCUGUGGGCGGACGUGGCGUACGGGGCCCGGCUCUCCCUGGGCCCUGCUGCUGGGAGGGGAGGGCCUGUGGGCGGACGUGGCGUACGGGGCCCGGCUCUCCCUGGGCCCUGCUGCUGGGAGGGGAGGGCCUGUGGGCGGACGUGGCGUACGGGGCCCGGCUCUCCCUGGGCCCUGCUGCUGGGAGGGGAGGGCCUGUGGGCGGACGUGGCGUACGGGGCCCGGCUCUCCCUGGGCCCUGCUGCUGGGAGGGGAGGGCCUGUGGGCGGACGUGGCGUACGGGGCCCGGCUCUCCCUGGGCCCUGCUGCUGGGAGGUGAGUGCCUGUGGGUGGACGUGGCGUACGGGGCCCCAGCUCUCCCUGGGGCCCUGCUGCUGAGCCAGCCCUGGGAUUCCAGGCCACCUCCCGCUGGGACACGCUAUUCAUGGGGUGUCACCAGCAGGGCCCAGUCACUGGCUCAGGCUAGGCCGACGGGGGUGGGCAGCACCCUGGACUUCCUGGUGGUUCGGGGCCCUUUCCUUCCAGCUGCUCAGGGUGUCGGGCUGGGGAGGGAA